GGCUGUGGGCUCGCAGCGAGGAGCGAACCCCCAGCGCGUCCUGGGAGCGACGCCAUCACAAAUGCCGCCAAGCGCCCCAUCUCCUCUUGGUCCUUGCGACCUGAUAGGGGCGCGUAGGUUUUGUGCUUUAACGUGGAGGUGAUACCAUGAAGAAGGCCUCGUGUGCUUGGAGCUGUGCCACAAGGCCUCAGCAGUGGCCUGCUCUGGAGGCCUGGAAACCCAAGGAGGGGAAUAAAAGGAAAUUUGGCAGAGCAGCACAGAAAGUGGUAGUGCCAGUUUACUGCCUGUCGCUUUGGUGAACCAGUAUAAAGCUUUGGUGUUUCUAAAACCACCUACGUGUAACAGGGAGUUUUAAUUCUGAAACCCGGAUCUAACAUCUUAGUUGAGUACACAACAACUACAGUCACCACUAGAAAUAAAACCUGCUUAGCUAAAACUGCAGUAAUGUCUCUGGAAAGGCUGAUCGAUGGUCAAGGCAGAAACUGGUAGUCUUCCAUAGAUAAUAAAAUUGUUCCUAACAAGUUUUACCAACAAUAUUGAAGCAGUGGAUAGCAAAUAUGACUCAGUGGAGGAAAAUAGACGAGAAAGGAAUGUUCUUUAUCCUCGACUGCCUUGGCAUUAUAGAAGAAUACUUUUCCAAAGAAAGGAGGUUGCAUGUCCAUGGCAAGCUCCUGCUUAACAGUCCCACAACUGGCAAGUGAGAUUUGUGGACUUGGAAAGGCAGUCCAAAUAAACAUGCAAACAAUCUUCCAGAUAAAAAAAAAAAGUUCCCACACACGGUGGAAGACAGGCAACAAGCAGGGUGAAUCUGAAGACCCCCAGCUGCCCGUCUGGCCGGAGGAUUCCUCUGGAACGGGCUCUGGCAACCAGAGCACAAAGUCGCAGCGGAGCAGUGCACCCACAGGCGGGGAGGUGAGGCGAGCUCCGGUAACUGCGGACCGGUGCAGCCAAGCGCAGACCAAGGGUGGAGAAGACAGAACCCUCGCGGUGGCCGGGAUGCCUCCUCUCCCGGACGGUUUUAGGAGCAAGAUUCAGACAGGCCAUAUUUAGAAGAACUCUGAAAGCCAAACAACGAAGAAAACACGCAAGUGGGAGCAGAGCUGUGAAGCGAAGUGAUAAAUAGAGAAGUUGACCAUGACAACAUUCCUGGAGUUUAUCCAGCAGAAUGAGGACAGAGAUGGAGUUAGAUUCAGCUGGAAUGUUUGGCCUUCAAGUCGCCUUGAAGCCACAAGAAUGGUGGUCCCAGUGGCUGCCCUCUUCACACCAUUGAAGGAACGACCAGACUUGCCUCCGAUUCAGUAUGAGCCAGUUUUGUGCAGUAGGACCACGUGCCGAGCUGUUCUGAAUCCCUUAUGCCAAGUGGAUUAUCGAGCAAAACUCUGGGCUUGCAACUUCUGUUAUCAGAGAAAUCAGUUUCCUCCUACCUAUGCUGGCAUAUCUGAAAUGAAUCAGCCAGCUGAACUUCUGCCUCAGUUCUCCAGCAUUGAAUAUGUAGUACAGCGUGGUCCUCAGAUGCCUUUGAUAUUUCUUUAUGUCGUGGACACAUGCAUGGAAGAUGAAGACUUGCAAGCUCUGAAGGAAUCCAUGCAAAUGUCACUUAGUCUCCUGCCACCAACUGCAUUAGUAGGUCUCAUUACCUUUGGCCGAAUGGUGCAAGUUCAUGAGCUUGGCUGUGAAGGCAUUUCCAAGAGUUAUGUCUUCAGAGGAACAAAAGACCUAUCUGCAAAACAGCUUCAGGAAAUGCUAGGGCUUACAAAAGUUGCUGUUUCACAAGUUGGUCGGGGUCCUCAAGUGCAGCAGCCACCACCUUCUAACAGAUUUUUGCAACCAGUGCAGAAAAUUGAUAUGAAUCUUACUGAUCUUUUGGGUGAACUGCAACGGGAUCCUUGGCCUGUUCCCCAAGGAAAACGGCCCUUGCGUUCUUCUGGCGUGGCUCUUUCUAUAGCUGUAGGACUCCUUGAGUGCACCUUUCCCAAUACCGGUGCACGCAUCAUGAUGUUCAUUGGAGGACCAGCUACACAAGGACCUGGCAUGGUUGUAGGGGAUGAAUUGAAAUUACCUAUAAGAUCAUGGCAUGACAUUGAAAAAGACAAUGCUAAAUAUGUUAAAAAGGGUACUAAGCAUUUUGAAGCCUUGGCUAAUCGAGCUGCAACAAAUGGUCAUGUUGUUGACAUAUAUGCAUGUGCAUUGGAUCAGACUGGUCUUCUGGAGAUGAAGUGUUGUCCCAACUACACUGGAGGCUACAUGGUAAUGGGAGACUCUUUCAAUACAUCUUUAUUCAAACAAACCUUUCAGAGAGUAUUCAUGAAAGAUAUGCAAGGACAAUUUAAAAUGGGAUUUGGUGGCACAUUAGAAAUAAAGACUUCAAGAGAAGUAAAGAUUUCUGGAGCAAUUGGACCCUGUGUGUCUCUCAACUCUAAAGGACCCUGUGUCUCUGAAAAUGAGAUUGGAACAGGAGGUACUUGUCAGUGGAAAAUUUGUGGACUUAAUCCUACUACCACACUUGCACUGUACUUUGAAGUGGUCAACCAGCACAAUGCUCCCAUUCCUCAAGGAGGACGUGGUGCAAUCCAGUUUGUGACUCAGUACCAGCAUUCCAGUGGUCAGAGACGUAUCAGAGUGACUACAGUUGCCAGAAACUGGGCAGAUGCACAGACACAGAUUCAAAACAUUGCUGCCUCUUUUGACCAGGAAGCUGCUGCAAUUCUCAUGGCUAGAUUGGCAGUAUAUAGGGCAGAGACAGAAGAGGGGCCUGAUGUGCUUAGGUGGCUGGACAGACAACUUAUACGACUGUGUCAGAAGUUUGGAGAAUAUCACAAGGAUGAUCCAAGCUCUUUCAGAUUUUCAGAAACCUUUUCACUUUACCCACAGUUUAUGUUUCACUUGAGAAGAUCUCCUUUCUUACAAGUUUUUAACAACAGUCCAGAUGAGAGCUCGUACUAUCGUCAUCAUUUUAUGCGGCAAGAUCUAACCCAGUCUCUCAUCAUGGUGCAGCCGAUUCUCUAUGCCUACUCUUUCAAUGGACCUCCAGAGCCUGUUCUUCUGGAUAGCAGCAGCAUUUUACCAGAUCGCAUUCUCCUUAUGGACACCUUUUUCCAGAUCCUUAUUUAUCAUGGAGAGACCAUAGCUCAGUGGCGUAAAUCAGGUUACCAGGAUAUGCCGGAAUAUGAAAACUUUCAUCACUUGCUACAAGCUCCAAUAGAUGAUGCCCAAGAAAUUCUCCAUUCCAGAUUUCCAAUGCCCAGAUACAUUGAUACAGAGCAUGGAGGAAGCCAGGCUCGUUUCCUGCUUUCAAAAGUAAAUCCCUCUCAAACUCAUAACAAUAUGUAUGCAUGGGGACAGGAGUCUGGAGCACCCAUUCUUACUGAUGAUGUCAGCUUGCAAGUAUUUAUGGAUCAUCUGAAGAAACUUGCUGUCUCUAGUGCUGCCUGAGAUUCUGUAGUGCAUUAAAGGCACAGAUAAGCUGUAGUCAUAUUUCAGCUUUUUCACCUUUACCCUUGUCCAUAUCUCUCUUGACAGAGUGCUCUGAUAUGCACAAGCUGCCUGACUAGAUGUAAAGCAGUGUUGUUUUCAAAGAAAAGCUUUUGAUAUCAGCAAAUGUUUUAAUGUGAACUGCAGUUUGUAAAAAUGACAAGUAGUAGAAUUAUUAGAGGAAAAGGAGCAGUCAUUGUGAUUACUGUGUUACUAUAAUUGCUUUGAGAUCAUUUAUAACAACUUUGAGUUGUGAUUUCAGACUUUGUUUUAAAGGAUUGAGAUUGAUUCUGCUCUGCACUACAAAGGCACAUUGAACAAUAAAGGAAAUCUGGUGAUGUUGGCUUUCCAGGCUGCCAUAUGACUUAAUUUUGUUUACCCAAUUUGAGCAUGAAGUGAACAAAGAAGCUACAAAAAGCAUGUAAAAAUAGUAUUAACUCAGUCUGUUGAGUUAGGCUGCUGAACUUUCUUUCCUACAGAGAUACAUUAUUGUUCAUGUAUUGGUCAUUUUAGGAGUACUUAAUUUCAAAGAUUUCUUCACACUUACUUACUUGAGUCUUUUGGAACAGAGAUUUUUAAAAAAUUAUUUCCACAUAAGGAAUUUGAACUGAAACAGUUAAAUCGGCUAUUGCACAAAAUGUAAAUGCAUAUGUUGUAUUUUUGACAAAAGUAUCUGUCGUCAAACACAGUAACAGAUGAAUAUGCUCAAAAGUUAACACUUUCAGCUUGAGCUAAGAACAAACCUUACAUUACCAAAGUGAGCUAAGAGUACAGCCUUGAUUUUUUUUUUGUCUUGAUAAGUAUACUUUAAAAAAAAAAAAUAUAUUUACCUUUAUUAUUGCCUUAUAAUGUUAUUACACUAAUGCAUGACACUGCACAUCUGCUUUUUGUUUCUGCAUCCUUUUUAUUAUGAAUUCAACAGGCUAUAGUUCUUGUUGAAACAGUAUUAUAUAGAAUAUGAUGUAAUUAAUUUGAUACUUCCUACUUGAUUUUUUGGGGGUGAAUAAAUUCGUAAGCUUUCCCAUUUACUUGUUGAAGUUUACACAUAAGCCAGAUGUUUACAUAGGUAAUAUGAUAUUUUUGUCAAGUAAAGAUGUGAAAUGUGGUAGUGGGCAAUAAAAAAAUUGUGCUAAUUCUAAAGGAAGAGAGAGUUUUGACAUAGGAAAUUCAAUCAUAUACUAGUGUGAUAAGCAGGAGGGUUUUUUUCUAUUUUCUGUAGAUACUCAAAAUUGGUGACAUCAGUUGCUCUCCGUUUCUUUGAUCUAAUGACAUGAGCUCCUUUUGCCUCAAUACAAAUAAAAUAAAUGUUUUUCUCUCAUUUUUAUAUUUAUUGUGCUGGUUUCUGUCACUGCUUGAAAUGUGGAAAUAAAGGUAGUAAUUACAAAAUUUGGAACAACUUCACCACUUUUAUUUAUGUAAUAAUCAGUACCAAACUUGUUUAACCUCCAGAGGUACUGAACUGUUUACACUAGUGGCAGUUUAGGAAAUAAAAAUUCAGUAGCCCUCUUGACUUUGUUUUGUUUUAGCUAAUAAGCAGCUUAUUUUUUUUCUCAUAACACUAAUAUGUCCAAUUUAUUUGACAGUUAAAUACCAUUUGACUAAUAAAUCAUCACCAAGUCAAUGAUUGUG